GCGAGGAAGCACACCGGAGAGAAACCGUACGAGUGUGAUGUGUGCGGGAAAAACUUUUCUAUGAAACAAACUCUUGAUAGGCACAUGAGGAUCCACAAUGGGGAGAAGCCCUACAAGUGCAACGUAUGUGCAAGAGGAAGUUCGCUGUGAAGAGUUAUCUUGUUGUGCACAUGAGGGUUCACACUGGAGAGAAGCCGUACGAGUGCGACGUGUGCAAGAAAAAGUUCACUCAGAAGGGUGAUCUUGAUAGGCACAUGAGAGUUCAUUCUGGGGAGAAACCCUACGAGUGCGACGUGUGUGGGAUUAAGUUCUCUCGGAAGGAUCGUCGUGAUUUGCACAAAAGGCUUCACACUGGAGAGAAGCCAUUAUUGGAAACGGAGAAGUGGAUCCUUAACUGUGGCCGUCGUGCCCGAGGACCGGUGCCUUGCCCGUGUGGCUCCACUAACGCUGUGUUGCUUGCAGGUUCCGUGAAGGCUGAGGAAACGGAGGACCUUGAAGGACAGGACAAUGGAGAGGACGCGAAUGGCGGUUUCGCAGGCGAAGGACCCCCAGCGGCCACCCCGCAGCUCCGCAUCAGCAGCACCUUCUCCCUGGCCGGCACGGCCGGCGAUGCGGGGCAGGCGGAGCAGGCUUGGCGGCAGACGCGCAGCAGGAAGGCGAGGCUGGACUCCAAGCUCGGGGAGUCCGGGAACAAGUCUCGGGACAAGGCGGCCCCGCGGAAGCACCGAGCAGGCAACUCCAAGGCGGGGCGACACGUGUGCCAAGUGUGCGGCAAGGACUGGCCAUCAGCUUCUAAGCUGGAGAUUCAUGCGAGGAAGCACACUGGAGUAAAACCCUACGAGUGUGAUGUGUGUGGGAAGAAGUUUACUCGGAAUGGAACUCUUGUUAGGCACAUGAGGGUCCACACUGGAGAGAAACCGUUCGAGUGUGAUGUGUGCGGGAAGAAGUUUUUGACGAAACAAAGUCUUGAUUGGCACCUGAGGAUCCACACCGGGGAGAAGCCCUACGAGUGCGACGUGUGCAAGAAGAAGUUCGCUGUGAGGAGUAAUCUUGUUGUGCACAUGAGAGUUCACACCGGUGAAAAGCCCUACAAGUGCGACGUGUGCAAGAAGAAGUUUACUGCCAAGGGAACUCUUGAUGCGCAUACGAGGGUUCACACUGGAGAGAAGCCGUACGAGUGUGACGUGUGUCGGAAGAAGUUCACUCAGAAAGGUCAUCGUGAUUUGCACUGGAGGCUUCACACUGGCGAGAAGCCUUAGUUGUGUACGGAGAAGUGUCAAUUGGGUGUCGUUGUUGAAUGCCCACGCGCUUAUUUAUGUGUGUUGCUAGGAUUUGAUUUGUUCGGUUUGCUGUCUUCAAGUGGGAGGGCCGACGCAAUGUGCCCGCGGACACUUGUAACAGUUAAGGAUAGGUUUUUCGCGCCUCUAAAAUUUGUUUCUUGACCAAUUACUUGCUAUUUAUCUUGCCUAGUUAUUGCGAAAGGUUUUUCAUGUGACAGUGCAUUGUUUUAUCUUUAUUUGUCAUGUUUCUUGUGGCCAUCUAAAGCUUUGUUACUGAAUACAUAUUUCCUUUCCCAUUC